AUGGAUGCACCUCGACCGUGUCAUGUUCUUGACCGUCGACGACACGACCAUCACGCUCAUCCCAAGAUUCCGAGUGACACGUGAAGAUGACAAUACGUGGACGCUACAUAUCCGCCAGGUCACGCCGGCGGAUACGGGUUACUACGUGUGUCAGGUCAAUAUGGAGCCAACUAUCAACCAGGUCGGAUACGUGCAGGUCGUCGUCCCCCCGGAAUUCAUCGACGAGGAGAGCAGUCCCUCCCACGUAGCGGUGCAAGAGGGGAAUGACGUCCGGCUGGUGUGCAGGGCCAAAGGUGUCCCCAAACCGAGCAUUCACUGGACCCGAGAAGAUGGGAAGACAUUCACCACCAUGCGAGGAAAUCAAGUGAGGAAAAUCGAGAGUGAGGAGCUCGUGCUGAACGGCGUUACAAGGAAAGACAUGGGGGCUUAUCUCUGCAUAGCCUCCAACAAGGUUCCUCCGUCGAUAAGCAAACGCAUCGUUCUGGAGAUACACUUCCAGCCCCUGAUCACAGUGCCAAACCAGCUGGUCGGCGCACCCGUUGACACCACCGUGACCCUCGAGUGCCAGGUCUCCGCCUUCCCCAACGCCGUGCACUUCUGGCGUUUCAAGAGCCAGCUUCUGAUCAACUCGACGCGACAGGAAACUCAGGAGAUUAAGAACGGAUACAAGACCACUAUGAGAUUAUCUUUGAGGAAUCUUCGUGGGAGCGAUUUUGGGACGUAUGUCUGCGCCGCCAAGAACUCGCUGGGGGAGACGGAGAGUAAUGUGAGGCUGUACGAGAUUGUGGUUCCUCGGGGUUCAGACGACCGAGAAGAUGAGACCCACGACGAAUUAGUCCUUCCUGAGCACCACAAUGACGUCCGACCCAUAGAGCCUUGGAGACGGUCAGGCACAGACUCAGACUUGGACUCGGACACCUCAGGCUACACACUCAACGAGAACAACUACAUCCGAAAUCGCAGUCCCAUGACCAACGGGGGCGCGGGGGGCAUCCGUGGCAGCAGUACCAGCGGCAGAGCGGGCAUGAGCAGCAGCACCAGUGGCAUCAGCAGCAGCAGCACCCCCGCGUAUGCCUCCCUCUCGGUGUCCAGGGGCGUACUGGCGGGUUUGCUGCUUGUAUUCGCCCACGGUGUCCUCGUUGGAACAGCCUCGAUAAGCCCCGCCCUCCCGCGAGGAUUCAUGGGCCCCAUGUGACAGGCGUCGUGGAGGCGAUGAGAGGCGAGGGCCAGUCGUGGGAGUUAAUGAAAAGGGUUAAUAAUGCUCCUUACCAUAUUUUCCUAAAUGUUCCUUCCUUACUGUUACUCUUUUAUUCCCUCUUAAGCGUCUUUGUUUCGCUGUUUCUACGACCUUCCUAUGAUAAGCGCCCCGAAUUGGUUGUUCGGUAGUGAAAGGCUUAACACAGCUCCUUAAGAUUCUUAGAUAUGUCCUCCCUCUUACUGUUUAUCCCUUUCUUCGCUUGAUCGUCUUUUUACUUCCCUCCUCCUUCAUCCUUUCUACCCCUCCUCCCCCAAAAAAGUGGCCAAAUUUGGCUCUCGGUCGUGAAAGGGUUAAAGCUGUUCCCACGAAUUUCCUAAAUGUUCCUCCCUUAACUUUUCGAUCUCUUUAUUACCUUGCCUUUCCCCUCCUUCCGAAUCUUCCCCUUAAACCUACCUACAUCUCUCAUUAGGACAGAGCCUACAUAUCUUUGAAGUGUAUAUAAUAAUUAAGCUUGUGUAGACGAAUUCGUGUGGUUUACACAUCUGUCCUAACUACAAGUAUACUUAUAACAUGUACAGUAUAUAUUUACGUAGGUAUACGUCACUCUUGGGUGGAUGUCGACGAGAAGAGAAACAGAAAUAUAUGUAUAGUGUAUGUGAUCGCUUUUCCAAACAGCUUUAUCAGCAAUACAGUUUAUUGCAGCUGUUCAGAAUAAUAACUGUUCAAAAAAUCAUUGCCAAAUAGCUACUUGACGACGUGAAGUGGUGAGAUACCUUUUUUUUUCAUUACAGCUCUAGAGCGAAAUAAUUGUAUGUGUGUGCUUGUUUCUGUGUUCGUGUAUGUGUGUGUGAUUGUGCUUUUUUGUGUUCGUGUAUUUGGUUAAGUGUGUG